AUGGGAAACACCUCCCAAGGUGAUGGAGAUUCAACCAUCUUCACACUGUCCCAUCACUCAUUCAUCAGUCAGCAUCAAAGUGUCAAUAGAUCAAUAACUGCAGCUGGAUUGUGUUUGUUCUCUCCAUCAGAUUCCUGUCCACUCACAAUCAACAUGAACACAGUGGACAGAAAACUCAAACUCGCUGACAACAACAGGAAGGUGACACAUGUGAAGGAGCUUCAGUCAUAUCCUGAUCAUCUAGACAGGUUUAACUGGAUUCCUCAGCUUCUGUGUGAAAAUGUUCUGACUGGUCGCUGCUACUGGGAGGUCGAGUGGAGAGGAGACGUUUAUAUAUCAGUGAGUUACAGAGAAAUCGGAAGGAGAGGAGGCAUCAGAGACUGUUGCUUUGGAUUCAAUGAUCAGUCCUGGAGUCUGAGAUGCUCUGAUGAUGAAGGUUAUUCUGUCUGGCACAAUGACAGAGAAACAUUCAUCUCCUCCUCCUCUUCAUCUGUCUCUAACAGAGUAGCAGUGUAUGUGGACUGUCCUGCUGGCUCUGUGUCCUUCUACAGAGUCUCCUCUGACUCCCUGAUCCACCUCCACACCUUCAUCACCACAUUCACUCAUCCUCUCUAUGCUGGAUUUGGGUUCUGGUCCUGGUCUGGUUCCAAGUCUGGUUCCUGGGUGUCUCUGUGUAGAGUCUAAAGAGUCUGAUCAUAGCAGAGAAACGCUGGCUGGCUGGUGAACAGUUCAAUCUGUACAUGUGUGUCACUUUCACUCAGAAACAUCUUUUCAAAUUUAUGGAUUCAAUCAGUUUCUGUGUGAAACUCUUCUAAAUGAUUCCUUGGAAACUUCUUCCUCUUCCAGUCCUUUAAAGAUGGAAGCUGUGCUUCUUCCAGGAUCCACAUGUUGUUUCCAGUCAAAGCUUCACACUGAAUAUCAGGAUGUUGUGUUCACUUCAUCUCAGCUGAAGUUAGUUUCACUUCGGGAUGCUGGAAAUGAAAAUCCUCCUAGUAUUUCACUCUUAGUUUGUUUGCUUCAUUCUGUCUUUAUUUGGACUUUGACAUUUUGACAUGUUGAACUAAAAACUCAUUUUCACAUCAGAAAUGUCAUGUUUUGCUUCAUCUUUCAGCACAAAUGUUGAUUUUUUUCCCCUCUUUUUUCUUCGAUGUAUUUUAUUAAUUUGAUUUGGAAUUUUGAAACAUAAUGACAAAAUUUCUUUUGAUUUUGUUCUCAACAUAUAAACUAAAAUGAGUUUAGACCUUUGUUAAAAUGUCUGAUAUUUGAUCUGAUUACUUUCAAUUGUGUUAAUGGCAUGUUUGUGGUUUUGAAAUUCUAUCUCAUAUGUCAAGUCAAAAGUGUUUUUAAUUUCUUUAUUUAGGUUUUGAUGUAGUAUGGUAUCAAAAUUUUACCUAAAUUUUAAUAUUUUUUGUUUUGUUGUUUUUAAUGUUUCUGUGUUUAAUAAAUCAUUAA